AUGAAGUCAACCGCGCUCUUAACUCCGAUGGCCUUGAUCAUGGCCAUGAUGGUCCAAGAUGCUUCUGCCCACGGCCGUCUGCUGGUGCCUCCGCACCGCGGCUACAUUGGCAAACUGCCGCAAUUCAGUGACUUUGUUCCAGUCAACUUCGGUGACCACAGCCUCAGCGCUGGUGGCAUUAGCCAAACCAGAGGCGGCAAACACGGGAUAUGCGGCGACAGGUACUCUGGAAAGCGCUUGCAUGAGACUGGCGGUGAAUUCGCCAAGUUCCCCCAACAUCGCGAAAAGGUCAUCGGGGCCUGCUACGCCCCUGGCUCCGCAAUGGACCUUCAAGUCCAACUCACGGCCAACCACAAGGGAUACUUUGAGUUUGGGCUGUGCAAACUGAACUCGCUCAACGACAAAGAAACGGAAGAUUGCUUCAAAACGCUUGUCCAGCCCAACGGCGAAAAGGACUGGCAAUUGCCAGCGGGGUCCAAGACCUUCAACAUGCAGUACAUGCUCCCCGAUGGCUUGUCGUGCGACGGCGACUCACACUGUGUGCUUCGGUGGCACUACGUCGGAUGGAAUAACCCGGAUGUGGGUAUCGACGGCCAAGAGCAGUUUUGGAACUGCGCCGACAUUUACGUGAGCAACUCGUGCGGGUCCAGCCCGUCACCUAGCUCGUCCCAGUCCACGCCCAGCACGUCCACGCCUUCGACGUCCAAGCCGGCCAUGACCAACGACCCCAAACCCACUGCCCCCUCGUCCAGCGCCGACACCCCUGUGACCACGGACACCCCUGUGACCACGGACACCCCUGUGACCACAGACACCCCUGAUGAGUACAAGUGGUGCGGUGCUGGCGACAGCAAUCCGUCGCCAUCGCCUUCGAACGCUCCCAAUCCUUCGACUACCUCCAGCCCCAAUCCUUCGACUACCUCGAGCCCCAAUCAUUCGACUACCUCCAGCCCCAAGCCUUCGCAUACCUGCAGCCCCAAGCGUACCCCUUCCAGCAACCCCUCCACGACUAAGCAACCGACGCUGCCCCCAUCACCUGGAACCCCUGGUGUUCAUAAGAAAGUGAGCUGGAACUGGUUUACAUCAUCUACCACCGAUUGCGACGCCAGCUUGAGCAAGGACACGUUGAACCGUGGGUUGUACAUCGGAGGAGAGAAUAUCCCUGCCGACUGUGGCAAGACCGCGUCUUUCACUUACGAUGGCCGCACCGUCAAAGCUACGUAUGCUUGGCGGACCACUGGGGGCCAAGGCUACAACGAGUUGUCACCUCAAGCUUUCGCCCAAUUGCUUGGCUCAAACGCCAAUGCCGCCAACUUUAACUCAGCAACUGACUUUCAAGCUGCUAUUAAUGACCCCGGCCAUGUUUUCUCCACGUGUUCGGGAACGUGCUAA